ACACAAAGCAAAAAGCGAAAAGAAAAGCAAAGCAGAAGUAGGGAGAAACAGCAAGUGGAUAGAAAAGCGAAGGCAACUCGGAAAGAACAGGAUGAAUAACGGAUUUAGCACCGGCGAGGAGGAUAGCCGCGGGCACACGGAUCAAACUUGCUGCCUUAUCGACGACAUGGAGCGGUGUCGCAACCAGGCCGGCUACGCCAGCUACAGCAAGCGCAUCCAGAAGACGGUGGCCCAGAAGCGGCUGAAGCUGAGCAGCGACCCUAGUGCCCAGCACAUCUACAUUUGCGACCAUCACAAGGACCGCAUCCAAUCGGUGCGAACAAAGCGACGACGUAAGGACAGCGAAGAUGACAGCAACGAGACGGACACGGAUCUGCACGAAUUUCCCGAUCUCCACAAGCUGGGCGUCAGUGCGCUGCGCCGCUACAAGCGACACUUCAACGUCCAGACGCGGCAAGGAAUGAAGCGAGCACAGCUGGCGGAUACCAUCAUGAAGCACUUCAAGACGAUACCCAUCAAAGAGAAGGAGAUUAUUACGUUUUUCGUGUACAGGGUAAAGAUGGGCUCGAAUAAAUUAGACCAGAAAAAUGGAAUCGGCAAUGACACCACCUGAAGGCGUGGCGGCGGCGGGCGGAGGGUUAACCAGGAGGAAGAGGAGGAGGACGCCGACGAUGUCUACUCCUUCUAACGCUAUCCAUUCCGCCACCCGUCAUUCAAGAGAGCUCUCACACACACAUUGUUGCUGCAUUUGCCUUUGCCGGACGUCCACGGGCCGUUCCGGCAUUGUUCACCCCACAAAAAUUAAUGGAAAACGUAAAUACACUGAUACACUGAUGAUAGUAAAAUGUCCUUCUCAUCUCCCGCACCCACCACUGCCUCACAAAUCCUACCCAGUCCAGUCCACUUUCCCGAAAAACAAACGAAAAGCUGCAAUGUAAUUAACACGAACAAAAAAAAAUCUGAAAACUUAAACAAAAAAUGGAAAAACCGCGUAGGGAAGUAGUGGCAAUCGGUGCUCGCAAUAAAAUAUGUAGUAGUUAAACGCGAUUGAAUAUAAACUUAGUUUUAAGCAGAUUUUACAAAACUAAUUGUAGCAUUGGUCCGUUGUUAAUAGCUCUUUAUAAUUGUACACAACAACAACAAACACACACUCAUACACAUUACAUAAAAUAAACUAUGUAUAUUUACAAGAGAA